UAGGGGGCAGGUCCCUGUCAGCGGUAGAGGCUGCGUUUCUUUUUUCACCCUCCUCUAGUCACUCAGUCCUAAGUUGAGCUCGCUUGAGUGCUGACAGACGAUUAGAGCAGAUAGUCCUCCUGUGCCUUUAGAUAGAUAGGUGCAGAAAGAGAAGGGACUUUCUAGAUGGGAAUUUUCCGCACUGUACCGUCCGUGACGUCGAGGCUUUGGCGCGCGCUCUAACAAGGCACUGUCAAUAAGUGAUAGUUACGUCUCUACCUUUAACUGUUAAAUGGACUUCUGAAUGCGAAGUGACAUAGGGGUAAACUGGCACAAAAUGAUCACUGCAGUCUUCGAGCACGCUUAGUUCUGUCCUCGUUAUUGUAGUUGUCUUGAGCUGACAUAACGGCGUUUUGGUAAUAGCCCGCUGAAUGUGCUUUGGCUCUGACAGUUCAGUUCUUUUGUCACUACAGUGACUUACUGCUUGUGAUGGUUGUGUGCAGUGACGUUGUAGCGCUUUGUCCGUGGCUACUGGCGGGGUGCGCUGGAGAGAUAUAGUUGUAUUACAUCAGUGCACCAAGUGACUGGAGUGCGACACAGAGGAGAAACGGCUCUAGCUGAAUGGUGAGUGUUGAGGGAGGGGUGUUAAUGAUCAUUAAGAGUUGCACUGCACAAGAAGCGUUAAGCACCAUUUAGAGUUCAGGUGCAUUCAUGGAAUGCGACUGUGACCGCUUCCCACUGCCUAUCUAACUUUGACUGAGACAGUACAGAGGAGCAAAAGAGAAGGCUGGUAGAGGCAAUGGCGGAGACAACCCUUGAACCACUGACCUCGCUGGAUGUUGCCAUCGAUCCAGAUUUUGAGCCACAGAAACGGCCGAGAUCAUGCACUUGGCCGCUGCCGGAGUCUAGUUCGGCAAAGCCUGCGUCCAAUGACACUGACAUAAUCCCAGAGGAAGAGGAUGAUGAGGAUGACAGCGCGAUGGCAAUCAACGGCAUGGGUGAAGGAGAGGACAACGGCAGCCCAAGCCUGGCAGAGGAACUGCAUGCCAUUAGCGGUCAGGAGAACACUGACUCCCCGCUCUCCUCUCAGCCUGCUUCUGCGACCACAGCGAGUCCGGGGGCGAGCGGUCAAGGUAGCCAACAGCAGACUCCCCGGAAGUCAUCUUCAAGGAGGAACGCGUGGGGCAACCUGUCCUACGCAGACCUUAUCACGAAAGCCAUAGAGAGCACCCCAGACAAGAGACUGACACUGUCCCAGAUCUACGACUGGAUGGUCAGAAGUGUCCCGUACUUUAAAGACAAAGGCGACAGCAACAGCUCAGCUGGUUGGAAGAACUCCAUCCGGCAUAACCUGUCCUUGCAUAGCCGUUUCAUCCGUGUACAGAACGAGGGAACUGGAAAGAGCUCGUGGUGGAUGAUCAAUCCUGAAGGGGGGCGGGGAGGUAAAGCGCCAAGGCGACGUGCAGUCUCCAUGGACAAUAGUAACAAAUACACCAAGACUGCACGUGGGCGUGCAGCCAAGAAAAAGGCAGCGCUGCAGGCUGCCCAGGAGGGUUCGCUGGAGAACGUAUCUGCUGGUGGUCUGUCUAAGUGGCCAGGAAGUCCCACUUCCCGGAGCAGCGACGAACUGGAAUCCUGUUGGACUGACUUCCGCUCGCGAACUAACUCCAACGCGAGCACCCUGAGUGGCCGCCUGUCACCUAUUCUUGCCAAUCCAGAGCUUGAUGAUGUCCCAGAUGGCCCACCCCUGUCCCCAAUGCUCUACUCCAGCCCCAGCAGUCUCUCUCCUCCCUCAUCAUCUUCAUCAAACUCCAAAACGUGCCUGACAGAACUUCCAGGGCUAGCUGACCUGACUGGCACAAUGAAUCUCAAUGAGGCUGACAACCUAAUGGUCGAUCUGUUGGACAACAUCGCCACACAAGUCCAGGUUGUUCAAGGGUCUUCUACUUUUGGUUUUGGCUCCAAGAGCACUGCAUCACCCCCAAGCUCCUCAUCAUCCCAAACUGUGAGCAACAACACCGGAGGAUUCAGUAACCCCAUUUUUGGGCCUUCAGCAGGAGGUCUGCGUCAGACGCCCAUGCAGACCAUCCAGGAAAACAAGCAAACAUCAUUUUCUAGCGUUUCUUGUUUUGGAAACUCACUUCAGGAGCUGCUGAAUUCUGAUUCACUGGUCUCACACAGUCAUAGUGACGUUAUGAUGACGCAGUCAGACCCACUUAUAUCACAGGCCAGCACUGCCGUCACCUCUCAAAACUCCCGGCUUCGCAAUGGCCUCAUGCUUCGUAAUGAUCCCAUGAUGUCAUCAUUCAGUACUGUGCUCAAUGGGCGAAGCGGCCACCUCCAGAACAAGCAACACCAUCAGGGGUCCAAUUCCCAGGGUGCUUUCCGUUCCCUCUCCAACAACAGGGCGCAAAGUCUAGUUAAUGAUGCUAAUAAUUUAGUCUCCGCAAAGCAGCACCUCCAGCCACAGCCCUCCAUGUUGAUGACAGAGACAUCGCUUUACUCUGGCCUGAAUGGAAGUAACGGGGUAGGGAUCUGUCACCCCUCAGGAACAGAUCGUUUUCCCUCAGACUUGGACCUGGACAUGUUUAACGGCAGUCUGGAUUGCGAUGUGGAUUCCAUAAUCCGCUCUGAACUAAUGGAAUCUGAUGGACUGGAUUUUAACUUUGAUGCAUUGGUGCAAAACGCUGUUAGUCUGAAUCCUGUGGGAAACUUCACUGGGACAAAACAGUCCAAUCAAAGUUGGGUGCCUGGCUGAUGGCUGUCUCUUAGGUUCAGAACUGCAGAGAAAACGAAUAAAAUAACAACUACAAAAAAACUGCACAAAAAAAAAAACAUCCAAAAGACUUGAAGUCGAUCUUUGCCAAGAUUGCUGUCUACGGCAAGCACUGGAUGAUACGCCUGUUUACAGGUCCAUCUGUAAAAGCAGACCCAGACUAUUAACGAAAGACUGCCCAAUGGAGAAACACAAACUAACAGUGAACUCACAGAUCAUUAUGCAACAUUAUGCAAUGUUUGAAAUCAUCCCACUGUUAGACGUGAAGUAAUCUAAAGUGUUUAAAUAGGCCUGUUGUAGCUUUUCUGUCAUAAACUUAGUUUCCUUGGCUGGGGUCUCGCUCUGUUUUCCAUCACAAUUUUGUUAAAUGAUUGGCUACUCUUGUUAUCCUCUAAGCACUAACUGUAUAGUCAUUGAUCAAUAUAAGAGUACAACUAUGAGGUGGAGAGUUAACCUGAAAAAUUUCAGAGCUCAGAUGGAGUAGCUUGUCACGGUGCACUUCAUCCACCAUUUUUGGUUUUUAAUUCACUGUUACCAUACAGUAGUUAGUUCCCAAUCUGAAAUAUAGUUGCCUCAUAAUAAUACUUAAGUAAUACAUUUUUGUGAUUGAAUAUAACCUUAUAAGGAGUAAUUAAUUUGUGUGUACUGUCUGUAACUGUACAAAAAAAGUGGUAAAAUUGAAAGCUUAGCAGGUGGAGGCGUCUUAUUUAGCCAGCAAAGCUAUGUUUGGACUUCUCGCAUAUAAAUGUAGCCAAACGUAAUGAUUAAAUAAAUAUUAACUUGCAUCGUGGACAUUUCCAUGCCAUACCAGGUGCUAAAUGAUCAGUGUUGAUCCCUGUCCUGUAUUAAGGCCAUCUGUGUUUCCCUGGCCACAAGGACAUAGCAUAAUUGAUUAGGAUUAGUGUUUAGCAUCAUGGCAGCAUUCAAUGGUGGGUGGGCCUUUCCUCUGGGAGCAAUCUUUACUGAGCAAAAAAACAAUAAGCUAUCUUUUGUACAUUUGCCAAAUUACUUGAAAAUGUAGGAGAUGCUGGCAGCCAAAAUCACAAAAGACACACAGUGAAAUUUGGGGACUUUUCUGUCCCUGUAUGCAAAAUGCAUCACUAUUGCUCAGGGGAGAGUGGGGUCUCCAUUACAACAUCAGGGCCUCAUCUUGAAUUAACUGCAACCUGGCUGUACACAAUUUCAGAAAUGUUUUAUGAACAUUUGUACAUGAACAACAGUCUUCUGAAGUAAGGAGAUGAAGCUACAGGAAUUCAUCCUGUGUUGUUGUCAGUUUAUUAAUGUCUUUAUUGUUCCAUUGUGCUCAGCUAUUGUCACGAAUCAUGUACAAAUCCUAAUGUUCUGUGUUUCUGUCCCUCAGAGAAGGUUACCCUUCACUGCAUACUUCCAUGGAUGCAUGCAUGUAAAUGUACAUAUGCAUCAUGUGCAAUGCAUAUAUAUGUAUACAUCCUGCUAUACUUAUAAAAUGUAAUGAUAAUACAAAUAUGUCUUUCAAAGUCCACGUGUUGAACAAAAUAAUGUAAUUGUUACAUGGGGAGUUGGACAGACAUGGUUUAUAGCAGGGGUGUCAAACUAAACGUUACUGAAUGCAUUUAACUUUUUCAGAGUGCGUGAGCAGUACAUGCACUUCGCAAAUGAACAGAAUCAAUUUUAUUCUGCUCUAAUAACCAAUAAUGUGUUCAAACAAAAGGAGCGGAGAUGAAAUGUAACCAUUUCACACACACCUUUCGGAAUAUUUAUCAUACAACAUUGACAUGAAAGGAGAAGUUUAGAUGCAAGAACAUGCAACUGUGUAAAUUAAAGUGUUUAGAUGUCCUGCUGUAGCUAAAUGAGUACGAAAUAUUGAUAUGAGUGCUAAUGUUUUAGCUUAAUUUUACGUGUGCGUUUGACACACCUGCUUUACACCAUGAUUCCACACCCUAAAACUGCUUUCAUCAUAUUCAUUUUUCAAACUCACAUUGAACUGAUAAUAUCAAGUAUGCAAUAAAUUGGAAAAUCACCCAUAUAAGACAGCUGAAACUUGUAAAUUCUUUCAGAGACAAUAAUCUCACUGUCUCAAAAAUUGCCUUGCAUGUAUUCUUUCACUUCUUUCACUGGAAAAAAAAAAAAAAAAAAAAAAAAAACUUUAAAAUUCUAUUUUUUUCAGAUGACCAUUUCAGAUCUUCAAACAUUACAGGUUUUAUUUACACAUGCCCAUCGUGAUAAUCAGCAAAUACCACUGCUCCAGUGGCCUGCACAGAUCUCCGUAGGGGCGAAAUCGCGUUCCGGGGGGCACUGCAAUAUGGCCGAAAGGGCACUUUACUAUUUGCGAUUAAAGGGGAAGGGGCUCAAGCCCCCCCGGCACCUCCCUCCCCCAGUGCACGCCACUGCACCGUUCCCACAUUUUACCACCCUGUUCGUAGCCUUCCUCCCUCACCUCUCUUACCUUUGCUCUUUUACCUAUCUUAUAGUCAUAUGGCUUCUCUACUAGAUGUUUGUGAGUAUUUUUCCUGUAUACUCCAUUUUGAAUUGUAAUCUAGUUUGUAUAAGAAAUGGUGCGCAUGUAAAUAAAGCUUGGUUGAGCUAUU